UAAGAGAACUGCUUCUACCUCAACUGAAGGAAAUGGCUCUGAUUCACUGUGUGUUUGUUCAGAAAAGUAGAUGGCGACUUUCUCUCUUCCUACUGUAUGCCUUCAUCAGCUCUCUAACUCUUCUGAUAAUUCUUCUUGGCAUCCCCGAAACUGCUCAUGUUUCAAAGCGCGAAGUCACAAAUGCUCCAAUAGCAACCCCGUCAACUAUAGAAGUUCGCUUGGUGAAUGGGAGGAAUCCAUGUCAAGGGCUUUUGGAAGUUCUUUACAAUGGUACCUGGGGCACAGUGUGUGAUGACGACUGGGACAUUGUGGAUGCUAGCGUAGUGUGCCAGCAGCUGGGGUGUGGCCGUGCACUCUCUGUGGCAGCGAACCUGCCCUUUGGCAAGGGGACGGGGUUAAUUCUGCUGGACAACGUGGACUGCAAAGGAACAGAGCUGUCACUGAUCGAGUGUGGAAGCCUGGGCUGGGCUGUCCACAACUGCAACCAUUAUGAGGACGUGGCUGUCAUAUGCAAUGAUUUCAGUUCUAAACCUGCAAGCAAGAUAAAUGAAAGCAAACUAUCAAUGUGGGAAUACAUUCAAGGAGAGGGCAACGUUCGAUUAGUCAAUGGCUACAACUCAUGUCAGGGUAGAGUAGAGAUUAAGUACAGAGGACAUUGGGGAACGGUCUGUGAUGACGACUGGGACAUGAAUGAUGCCGAAGUGGUGUGCCGGCAGAUCGGCUGUGGUACAGCCAUAUCUUCCACCACCAAUUCCUACUUUGGAUACGGAAAGGGGCUGAUUCUAAUGGACAAUGUCAACUGUGACGGGGGCGAGUCAUCAUUGUUGAGCUGCCACAGUCUGGGAUGGGGCGUGCAUAACUGCGGCCAUCAUGAAGACGCAGGGGUCAUCUGUGCAGAUUCUUGGACUCCCACGGCAGUUCAAGUUGCUUCAUCCACUGGAUUUUCUACACCAUACACAGGCACAGAUUCUACUCCAUCUACCAAUCACAAUGUUACAGAUCAAACUUUUGAACUGAUUACAACCACAAAGCUGACAACACCUCAAAGGGCCAGAUCCAUUCGUUUGGUGAAUGGGAACAACAGCUGUCAAGGCAGAGUGGAAAUAUUUUACGGCAAUAACUGGGGAACUGUGUGCGAUGACGACUGGAAUAUAAAGAAUGUGGCGGUCGUUUGCAGGCAGCUGGGAUGUGGUAGUGCCAUCACAGCUAAGGAGCUAGGCUACUUUGGAUAUGGAAGUGGGCCAAUACUGCUGGACAACGUGAACUGCAAAGGCACCGAGUCCUCCCUGGCUGAAUGUUUUAACCUUGGAUGGGGAAAACACAACUGUAGGCACCAUGAGGAUGCAGGUGCUAUUUGCGUAGAAUAUAAAGCUUCUGAAGCAAGUGGUUCUGGCAAACAAGCACCAGUAAUUACCACUACAAGAACAACGGAAGUGUUAAAGGUUACAGAAGAGUCGCAGAUCCGACUUGUGAACGGACGUCACCGAUGCGAGGGACGGGUGGAGAUCUUCCUGAGGUCGCAGUGGGGGACGAUUUGCGAUGAUGCCUGGGACUUAAGGGCUGCUAAAGUGGUCUGUAGACAGCUUGGCUGUGGCAAUGCUCUGGCUGCUAAAGUGGAAGCCUAUUUUGGGCAGGGCACCGGCAUCAUUCACCUUGACAACUUAAAGUGCAGUGGGCAUGAGAGUUUGCUUGUCCAGUGCUCACACAUCGGCUGGGAUGUCCACAACUGUGACCACAGGGAAGAUGCCAGUGUGAUGUGCACUCUAUGAACAUUCCCAUUGCCAGUGCCUGCCUUUAGCCGCUGGGAAGGGGGCACACUGAAUAUAUGUAAAUCUAUAAAUGUGUAAAUAAUUCAAAACUACCAAACCAAAAGUUCCAAAUAAUGUGCACUUUAUAUCUUUCAAUUAUUAUCUCCUGUCACAGAUUUACUUCCCAAAUUUAUGAAAAGUAACUAUUUGCCUCCCCUGCGCAUGCUGAUGGGGAAAGAACAAUUGAGGGAUGCACAUACUGUUUCUGAAGGGGAUGAGGAAAGGACAUAACCAUUGGCAUACUUGCUUCAUUUCUGUCUGAAUAAAAUGACAUGUAAUUAGUUAACUCUGGAAUGAAAAACUUAGUAGACUGAUUCUGGAAAUCUGGAAC